GCAGAAUGACAGCCGGCUUCAUGGGCAUGGCGGUGGCCAUCAUCCUCUUCGGCUGGAUCAUCGGCGUGCUGGGCUGCUGCUGGGACCGAGGCCUUAUGCAGUAUGUGGCAGGGCUUCUCUUCCUCAUGGGAGGAACCUUCUGUAUCAUUUCACUGUGCACCUGUGUGGCCGGGAUCAACUUUGAGCUGUCACGCUACCCUCGCUACCUGUAUGGACUCCCCGAUGACAUCAGCCAUGGCUAUGGAUGGUCCAUGUUCUGUGCGUGGGGGGGCCUGGGCCUCACACUCAUUUCGGGAUUCUUCUGUACCUUGGCCCCUUCUGUCCAACCUGUCCCGAGGACCAACUGCCCUAAAUCCAGACCCGAGAAUGGGACAGUGUGCUAAAAAACCCAAACCCAUACAUAUAUAUAUAUAUAUAUAAAUAUAUAUAUAAUAUACAUAUAUAAAACAAAACUAAAUCAAGACGAUGCCAGUGCCAAGGGAGAGUUGAGUUGGCUCAGGCACCGCAUCUCGCCAGACUUUGUGUCACCUCAUCACCAAGAUGGGGAAAGUGCUCCCAUCCUGUGGCUCUGCCAUCGAUUCUUGACUUUGGCUUCAUGGUUUCUUGAAGACAGAGUGAACACCACCACUUGCAAUAGCAUCUUGAUCCCUGUCGCUCACCAGGACGGGGUGGUGAAGGGACCGUGGCAGUGGUCUGAAGCAACACAGAUGUAAAGAAGGAAUUGCUACCCACUGGGCCGACAGGAGAGGACGCCACCCCACCAGUCAUAUCACAGGGACACCAAGCCCUUAGUUCAUAGAAUGUAACCAAAUUGUCGAGGCCAUCUUCAGAGUCACUUCUCCUCCUGCUCUUCCUGUUCUGACGUUCUUCCUGGCCCACCAGCAACACACAAGGAGUGUACGAGAAAACAAACUGAGGAGGAAGUUUUCUCUUUGCUGCCAAACUUUUGGACAAAGCUUUAGAGGUGGGAAGGGGAGAGAACAUGCUGAGAGGCAAGAUCUGCAUCGAUAAAAGGACACUUCAGAGGAUGCUCAGAAAACCCAGUCUUACCUUCCAGCUGCCUUACAUCCAGUUAAACAAGAGGCCACCCUGUCCCUAGCCCCACCUGCACUCCCUGGGCAGAUCAGAGCCUUGGAGUAAUGCUGUGAUGUGCGUGUGUGUGUGUGUGUGUACUUCGGGUGGUUUCCUUUUUUUCUUUUCUGCCUUUUAAGUGGAAUUAUUGCAUUAUGACUGUGGUUGCUCUAUCACUGUAGUGGUUUCAUGGCCCACAGUGGGGACCCAGAGACCUAGGGAAUCUCAGGAGGGCAAACCUGUAUGGGCACCAGUUCUGCAGCCACAGA